AUGUCGUUCCUCUUCAGCAGCGGCACUUUUGAGUGCCCUCCACUGCCCUACGACUACAACGCGCUCGAGCCGUAUAUCAGUUCGACGUCUCUCAAGUACCAUCAUGACUAUCACCAUGAGGGGUACGUGAAGACCCUGAACAAGUUGGUCAAAGGCACCGAGUUCGAGAAUAAGAGCCUUGAGGACAUUAUCAGGAGCUCCAGUGGAACCCUUUUCAACAACGCUGCCCAAGCCUGGAACCAUACCUUUUUCUGGAACUCGAUGAAGCCCAAUGGCGGCGGCGACCCGACGGGUCUCGUGAAGGACGAAAUCGACAGAUGCUUCUCCUCGUUCUCUAAUUUCAAAGAGGAGUUCACCGAUGUGGCCUCGAAGCACUUUGGUUCCGGCUGGGCCUGGCUCGUCUGGUGUAACGAGAAGAGGCGCCUGGAGGUGAUGGACACCCACGACGCAGGCAACCCCAUCACAAAACGGAAAUGGCCGAUUUUGACCUGCGAUCUCUGGGAGCACGGAUACUACCUCGACACUCAGAACGAUCGAGGCAAAUACAUCAAGGCUUGGUGGAGCGUGGUGAACUGGGACUUCGCCAAUAUGAAGCUGGAAAAAGCCAUGCGCGGCGAGCCCAUCGAGGAGGCAGUCGGAGGCGGCCAGUGA